UGCAUCUCACCAUGGCUAGUAGCUCCAUAAUACUAGUCUUACUCUUCCCACUUUUAGCUAUAGCAGUGUUAUCCGCAUUGGCAGCCGAUAAUUUUCUGAGCAUUGAUUGCGGGUCUUCUGAUUCCUUCACUGAUGCAAAUUCGAUAAAAUGGGUUGGAGAUGACGCCUUUGUUGAGAGUGGCAAGUCUCAAGUUGUGCAGAUCCCUAAUGGAAUCUCUCAAGAAAUGGCCACUUUGAGAGUGUUUACAACUAGGAAGAAAAACUGUUACUCCAUUGAUGCAGAAAAGGGAGCGCAAUUUCUUGUGCGUGGAAGUUUCUACUAUGGAAACUAUGAUAAGAAAUCAGCUCCUCCUUCCUUUGAUGUUCUUUUGGAUGGGAUUUUUUUGGACACAAUUCAAACUACAGCUGAGGAUGUUGUGUAUUUUGAAGUCAUAUAUGUCCCAACAACAGGCUCUAUACAUCUAUGUCUUGCUCAAUCUAAGCCUAACCAGUUUCCAUUUAUAUCGGCGAUUGAGGUCCGGGGCUUAGAUCCAACGAUGUACUCUCAGUUUGAUUCUAACUAUAUCAUGGUCAAUACAAGGAGGGUUGCUUUUGGUGCAACUAGUUCUAUUAGAUAUCCUGAUGAUGAAUAUGAUCGUAUUUGGGAUCCAUCGAGAGAUGUCGCGGGCGUAUUGAAGGUCACAAGUGAUGCGAUUGGAAUUGAUGGCCUUGUGGAAGAUCAGCCUCCAAAACUAGCUAUGCAGACUGCUGUAACCACCUCAAAAACAUCACAAUAUUUGCAACUUGGCACUAAUCUUCCGAAGGCUGAAGUUCCCAUUUACAUCACCAUGUUCUUCUCCGAAGUGAGUCUACUUGAUCCGUUGACAGAUACCAGAUCCUUUCAGAUUUUCAUUGAUGACAAGACUCCUUCAGUUCCCAUCGUUCCCAACUACGGAGGGGUGACAGAAAUGUACAUUACAAACAGGACGGGCUCCUCAAAUACUUCGAUCACUGUGGUGGCCACCUCUAGUUCGACGCUGCCUCCUCUGAUCAACGCCAUGGAAGUUUACUAUCUCCAAGGGCCAUUAACAGAGGGAACCAACAGUAAAGAUGUUGAAGGGCUAGCUGCAUUGCAAGAAAAGUUCAGCAUACUACAGGAAUGGACUGGAGAUCCUUGCCUUCCAUCUCCAUAUACAUGGGACUGGGUCAAUUGUACUACUGAUGACACACCGAGAGUAACAGCGCUGUAUUUGGAUGGCUAUGGUCUAUCUGGGCAACUGCCAGACUUCAGCUCCAUGGAUGCUCUUGUCACAAUAGACAUGCACAACAACAGCUUGAGUGGAGCAAUUCCUAGUUUUCUUGGGACCUUGCCCGAUCUAAAAGAAUUGAACUUAGGAGACAAUGAUUUGAGUGGACCAGUACCCUCCACAAUUUCAAAGAAUACCAAGUUAAAGUUAGAGGAUUCUGGUAAUCCUAAUCUAUGUGCCUCUGGUGAGUCCUGCAAGAUAAUUGCUAGCAAAGACAGCCCCUCUUCAUCAGGUAGCAGCGGUGGUCAGAAGAAAAGCAGCAAGCUACCAUUAAUUCUGGGAAUAGCAAUUCCAGCUUUUGUGGCGUUCUGGGGUAUUGUGGUAGUGUGUGUUUGUGUUGUAAGUUCAAAUAAGAGAAGAAGAGCGGCGGCCAUCGGAGCAAUGGGCACAGGACAAACAGGUAUGGCCAGCAUGCCUAAUGGCGCUCAACAAGGGGUGCAAAUGAACGGGCAAAUGGCGGAUAAAUUUGGAGAAGUUGUGGUGAACCAAUUUGAGGUGAACGUUGAGGAGCAAGCAACCCCAGAGUAUCAGCAACAAGCAACCCCAGAACACAUUCAAGAUCAAGACGAUAGGCGAUUGAAUUAUUGAGUCAUUCAUCCUCACCCGUUGCUGUUUUUAACGCUUCUCUGAAGUUGUAUGUGUUUAGUAGUGCCACCUAUGAAUUUUUUUUUGGUUACAAGUGCCACCUAUGAUUUUGUUACUGCUUUGGAAAAUUAUUUGAAACAUAUAAACAAAAUAAAGCCAAUACAGAGUUACAGACCUUUCCAA